GACAAACUGUUAUAGAACACCAUACGAACAGGCGACAGGAAGGCUGACGUCAGCUUGAGCUUUGCUAACAGUCCCCAAAUGUGUCGCAUGCGAGUAACGUCGAUAUCAAAGAAGUGUAUAGAAGAGCCAAAGUCUCAUAUUGACGUUCACAACAGCGUCGAUUCGAGUCUAGAGAGUCACAAGUGUUCGCUUGCAAACGGAAGUCAAAAGUUAUUAACGAUGUCGACAACAGCAGAACCAGACGUGGAAACCGUCGGCAGCAUUUCUCUCCAUUACGAGGAUUAUUUGAAAAUUCCCCAACUGUUGGACCUUCAGCGACUUAGAAGUGCUAGAGAAGGAGAUGGCGAUGGCAGCGGAGCUCACGACGAACACCUUUUUAUUAUUAUUCAUCAAGUGUAUGAACUGUGGUUCAAGGAAAUCAUCCACGAAAUCGACUCCGUCACGACGCUCAUGGGAGCAGAGGCUGUAGAUGGUGACAUGUUCACAAUCAUCUCACGUCUCAAUAGAGUCUCCGUCAUCGUGAAGAUUUUGGUCGAACAAAUUCGUGUUCUUGAAACUAUGACGCCACUGGAUUUCCUAGAUUUCCGUCAUCUUUUGUCUCCCGCCUCUGGAUAUCAAAGCCUUCAGUUUCGACUUAUCGAAGUUAAACUCGGAGUCAAGGAGAGUGCCAGACUUAAAUAUGGCGACGACUGUACCUUUAGAACACCGUUUGAAGAGCGACAAGACUUGCGUCAGAAGCUAGAGACGGCCUGCAGGAGCUCAUCUUUGUUCGACGCUGUCGAGCAAUGGUUGACACGAUGGACGGUUUGGGAAGAAGGGCAGCACGUUGGAUUCUGGGAGGUCUACCGGGAAAGUGUUGGUGAUAUUCUGGCCGCAAAACAGACAGAAAUAGAGAAUGAAGAAAGAAAAGAGGUCAAGAAGUUGAAAGAGGAAGACCUUGUGUCGCAAAAGACUUUCUUUAACGAUCUCCUUGAUGAAUCAAAACAUGAGCAACAUGUAGAGAAGGGCAAUCGACGAUUGUCGCACCAAGCUACAAGAGGGGCUCUAAUGAUAAGUCAAUAUAGGGACGAGCCAUGCUUUCAGUCUUCCUACCAAGUGCUCUGUCUGUUGAUGGACAUCGAUUCUCAGCUGAUGCACUGGAGACACAACCAUUCUCUAUUUGUGCAGCGUAUGAUCGGACACAAAGUGGGUACGGCCGGAUCAUCGGGAUAUCGUUAUUUGAAAGAAACUGUGAGUGAUAGAUACAGGGUUUUCUCUGAUCUCUUCAACCUCUCUUCCUACAUCAUUCCUCGCAAGCACAUUCGACAGCUGGCUCUACAGUAAAUGAGUGCGUAGAUCAUCUCGUGUGACAAGCAUGCACACUGCAGAAAGCAAGAACAGUGACUGAUGGUCGUUAGUGGCGUCUAAUAGUCUAGAUAGCAAGAGUUUUUGUGUUUUGACUAGCGCGUGUAUUGCUCUAGCACAUUAUUUCGAAUGCAGCUGUGUGAA